GGGCCGUCUUGCUGCAAAGUGGAGAGGAGCUGGGGUUUGAGGAGGCGGGGGAAGCGGAGGAGGAGGAAGAUGAGGAGGAGGAAGUGGAGGAGGAGGAGGCGGUGGUGUGCCAUGAGCUGCGGCUGAGUAGAGAGAUGGAGGAGCAUGCAAGGGGGGCGCUGGAGGGAGGAGAGAGCGUACUGCUAGUUGAUGACGCCUCGGGACGGGCCUAUCAGCUGCUGCCAGCUGUCGUCGUGGAGGGGUUGGAAGAGGGGGGAGGGGGAGGAGAGGAGGACGGUAGUGAGGGGGAGGAAGAGGAGGAGGAUGAGAGUGGGAGUGAGAGGGAGAGUGAGGGGGAGGUGCAGGAGGAGGAAGGAAGAGAGGGCUCGGGCUCUGAAGAAAGGGACGGUGGAAGGGAGGGUGGAAGGGAGGGUGGUUAUAGAGAGGCAGAUGAAGAAGGAAGGUGGGGGGGGGCGGGUUACGUUUGUGAGGAAGGGGGGCAUGUGGACGAUGAUGAUAGUGGGGUAAAGGAGAGGGAGGGUACGGAGGAGGAGAGGGAUGAGGCGGAAGGCACCAGCUUAGAUGCGCCUCACCUCACACCUUGCCCAGGCAGUUCGUCCCCAAGCCAGCGCACGAGUAACCGUGUAACAGGCAGUGGUAUUGGCGAAACUGUUUGUAACGCAGGUAUGGUUGUUACAGGGAGCAGCAGAGGCAUGGAUGCAUGUGACGGUCACAGGCGGUCCCUGUCGUCCCUCUCUGGGGACUUGUCUUUCAAUGAGAGCAUGGAGGAUGCAGCUACUAUAGGCGAUACCAGCGUUGGUACCGAGAGGGGCAGCUGCAGUGUGUAUAGUCGAGGGGGUGCGGAGGGGUAUGGUUUCCCGGAGAGGACGAGAGGGCUAAUAUCAGCAGCAGCAGCAACAGCCGCAGAACGAGCAGCUGCGGCAGCGACAGCAACAGCAACAGCAGCAGCGGCGGCAGCAGCUUCAGCAGCAGCAGCAGAGUUGCCAGCAAUAGUGCCACAGAGGCGGGUGUUGACUGGAGCAGGUAGGAGCUCCAGAAACAGCAGCGGCAAUGCCAGUGCGAGCGGCAGUGGUGGUGGCAGCAGCAGGAACAACAACCAGCUCCCUCUUGCCAUUGCAGGUGCUGCAGGCUCCAGUCUUGACUCCUCUUCAAACAUUCUUGCGGACAAGCACCUGUCUCACCCCUCCUCCUCCUCAGUUUCCUCCCCCUCCGCUUCCCCCCCGUACUCCAUUUUCUCCACAUCCUCUGCGGUCCGCCGCACUGUAGCAGUGAAGCAGUGGAUCGACUCCCAGCCAAUGGCGUCGCAGCUCGACCCCGUGGCAGAAUCGAAUUUAGAGUCGAACUUUGAAUCGAACCUCGAGCAGAAUUUUGAGUCGAGUCUCGAGCCGAAUAUUGAGUCACGAGAGAUCGUGCCAGAGGAAUCAGAAGAAGACGAAAUACUGAUCCUUCCGUCAGCAGCAGCCGCAGCUGCAGCAGCAGCAGCAGCAUCAGCCGCUCCUGCUCCCACUCCCAGCAUGGUAAACCCAUCUGGUUCUCGCACCGAGUACCCAUCAGCACCAUCAUCACAUAGCACGGCCCGUCAAGCCCCUCGCUAUAGUCACAAUCACCAGAACCCUCCGGCUAUGCCCCCGAACCAGUGCUUCCUUACCCCUGUGCGCAUCGCUGCUAGGCGGGGGCUGUUCCGCAAUGAGUGUGUGGCUCCUGCGGUGCUGGGAGGUGGGAACCAAAGGACGGGCGGAAAUGGACUUAGAGGUGAGAAUCAAACAAGCGGUGCGAGUCAGACAAGGGGAGGAAACCAGGGAGGGAGGGGUGGGAGUGCGAGAGUGAGGGGGAGGGGUGAGGGGGAGGAGGUGGGGAUGAGGAAUCAGCGAGCAAGGCCAAGACCAGGUGGGGUGAGACCUGGGGUAGAACGGACUGGUGCAGGGGCAGGGGGAGGUGAUAGAAGGGAGGGAAGGGCAGCAGGGCCGGCAGAGAGAGAAGCUGCUCUAGCCAUGCAGGCGGUAAGAGGGCGUGGGAGAGGGGGGAGGGGACGGAGAGGGGGAGGGGGAGGAGGAGGAGGCAGAGGAAGAGGAGGAGGAGGAGGAGUGAGGAGGGAAUUGCUUGGGGAAGGAGGAGAAAUGGGAGCAGAGAACGCAUUAGCCGAAGAGAAUGUUUCAAGGGCAGGGGGAGUGCAGCAACAGUCACAGGCACAGCUUCGUCAGUUAGAUCAACAGCAGGAAAUACGGGGGGGAAUAGAAGGGGAAAUAGAGGAGGCAGAGGAAGAGGGGCAGGAGGGGGAGCAGGGAGAAGGGGGGUACACCGAAGGGGACUUGCUGAACGAAUCCGGCGCUCGCCUGUCCUCCUAUCAGCAGCACCCGGCAGGGAACGGUGAGAGGUCUGAGAGGAGAGCGAGCAGGUUGCACCGAAGCAAUCAGGGAGAAGGAGGAGCUAGCCUGAGCACCCAUGGAGGAGAAACUGGCCUGCGACAGCGGCGGUGGUGGUUGCUGACGGGCUCCUCCGCUUAUUUGUGUGUGGCGUGUCCUGUGGUGCUGCGUCCCGUGUGUGGCAGUAGCAGCGCCAGUAGGUCGCACUGUUUCAGAGAGCAUGAGACUGGUGCGGGAGGUAAUGUAGCAGGCAGUUUGGGGGGUGGUGUGCCUGCUGCCCCUCGCUCCUCGCCUCGCGAGUGGCCAGGUGAAGGUGCAGAAGUGGCUGAGUGGCACAUAGCAGGAGACACAGGGACAGUAGGGACAGCAGCAGAGGCGGUGGCAGGAGCAGUAGGGGCAGCAGCAGGAGCGGCAGUAGGAGCAGCAGGGGCAGCAGCAAGACCAGCAACUGCAGAGUCACUAGGAGAAGACAGCGAAGAGGAAGGGGAAGAGGAAGCAGGGGAGUCAAGGCGCAUGUGCAUGGGAAGGCGUGGGCGGACAAGAGAGGGUUUGCAAGGAGUGGGGAGAGGUGAGGGAGCGAGAGACAGAGGGGGGGUUGACCAUGGCAGGAUGAGGAGGAGGGGUAGGAUGGUGGAGAUGGAGAACGAGCAUGCAACAGCAACAGAUGCUGACACUGCAUCUGACGGCGAUAUCCCUGCUGCGAGCGCUGGAAUAUUUGCCACAGCAAACGUGCAUGGAGCGCAUGUCGUCUCUGCUGAUAACACAGAGGAGCAUUCUCUCAAUGUUGCUGGCAUGCAGGGGCAAGUGGUGGCGGAUCCCCCUCCUCACAGUUUGAGUGCGAGCAGUGGAGAGGGUAUGAGAAGCCGUGCCUUGUGGCGCUGGCAGCAGCAGCAGCAGCGCCUUCGGCAGCAGUUCUCCCCUCUACCCUCCCUCCUGCCCUCUCCCUCUCGUGCUACUCGUACCACUCGUGCCACUCAUCCACGUCAGCAGCAGCCAGAACAGCAGGAGCUGAGUCCAGAGCAGCAACAUCUCGUGCCAGGUCAGCUCGUGCUGACUCAGCAGCAGUCUGCGUCGAGUCAGUGCAGGCUGGGUCGGCGUCGGGUGUCUGUACAUGGGCUAGUGGGCAGGCAGAGCAGGCAGAGAGGAAGCGGGGGAGAACGAAGAGUGAGCGGUGACAGGGGACUGGAGGCUGAAGGGGAGGCAACUGUCGGCGUGGGUCUGACAGCAGUAGAUGGUGAAGCAGAGGAGAUGGUGCGGGAAGGAGGGGGUGACUCAGCAGUGGAUUCGGUGGUGGAGACACCCGCAGUCCCAGGAGAGGACAGUGAGGCUGAAAGGGAAGAGGCCGGGGCUGGUGAGGCUGAAAGGGAAGGGGCUGGGGAGGAGGUGGAGGCGGAGAGAAGUGGUCCUGGUGUGGCAUUGAGCAGGGUUGUGAUGGGGCAUGAGGGGGGUACAGAAGGUGCUGCUUCACCUGGCGUGGUGACCCACAACGCACCGGACAGAAGUGGUCCUCGUGGUGUGGCAUUGAGCGGGGUUGUGAUGGGGCACGAGGGGGGUACAGAAGGUGCUGCUUCACGUGGCGCGGUGACCCACGCACUGGACAGCUGUGCACCAAGCAGGGAAGGCAAGAGGGAGUUGCACAGGGCAGGGGGCAGCCCCAGCUGUGUGGUGGAUUUUAGUGGCAAUGCCACUUGUGCUGCAGGUACUGCAGCUGCUACAGAGGCGUCAACUGCAGCUGUUGUUACAGAGGCGUCAAUUGCAGCUGCUACAGAUGCGCGUUUGCCUGCUCUUGAGAGUGCUCAAGGCACCCCGGUAGUAGCUGUUGCUACUGAUGCGUCUUCACUCACCCACCCUGCCGCCUCCACUUCUGCUGCUGCUGCUGCUUCGACAGAAGGGGCGCGUGGGAGGGGUGGGGGGGGUGAGACAAGCAUGGAGUUGUGCAUUUCGGGUGGGGAGGAGAGGAGCUCAGUGGAGGGUGGUGAUCUCGCGGAUGGUGAAUCAGCCCUUGCAGUGAGGGACAGACAGAUUGAGACACGAGGAGAAAAUGUGGUGGGGCUGGUGGCUGGGAUGCAAGAGCGGAUCGAUGGGGUUAGUGAAGUUCCUCCUGCUACUGCUGGAGCAACGGUUGCCUUUGGAAGUACCGGUGCCAACACUUCUGAGCGAGCAGCUAAUUUGUUGAUUGCAAAUUUGGUCGCAUCGACAGAUGUGGUUGCUGAAUCUUUAGCUGCUGCUGGUGCUGCUGCUGCUGCUGCUGCUGCUGCGUCUCACUCGUUGCCAGCGUCUGCUGCUGCGUUCGCGGCUGAUAUGCCCGAUUCAACACCUGGCCCGGCACCAGGCACAGCAUCAAAUACACCUGAGCCAGCACCUGAUGCAACAGAACUCGAUGCCGCAUCUGAUGAGAUUCUUGAUAUGGUACAUGACAUAUCACCUGAUGUGAUACCUGACACAGCAUCUGAUCAAGCACCUGAGCCAGCAGCUAUAGCUGAAGCAUUUCCACAUGCCAUUUCACCAGCCUCUGGCCCACUGCCUUCACAGCAGCCUCUUUCUGUCCGGCCUGUUGCAGCAGCAGCAGCAACAGCAACAAGUGUUGGCGCCACUGCACCAGCAACAGCAGCAACCGCCCCUGCAGCAAGUAGGCAGUCUGUCAGCACACCUUUCCCUGCUGCUGGACCUGCUGAUGCACCAUAUACUGCUGUUUCCACCACACAGCCAGCAGCAACUGUGUCGCUCCCACUUCCACUGGACAAUGUGGUCCCAUCAUCACUGGUCUCUCAUGCUUCAGCAUCAGACUCACAAACAUUGCCCAUCCUUCCAGCAUCAUCCCCAGUGCCAGAAACCAGCAUGUUGGAUGACUCCCCUGUCGCACCCACUCUCGCCAUGCACAUUCCCUCUGCAAUUGGCGAAGCAGCAGCAGCAACGUAUGCGCUGCCAGCGCCCUCAAUGGCAACCUCUCUCACCAUGCCCAGUCCCUCUGCAAUCGGCGAAGCAGCAGCAGCCGGCACUUGCCAUUCUUUCAUCUAUGCAGACACUGACAUGCCACAGCCAUCAUACACUGCCAACAUCCAGCCCUUGCCCUAUGAGAGUCAGGGAGCUGAGCAGCACUGCACGCAGUACAAUCCGUUUGAUUCCUAUGAUACAGUGGCCUCCCACGUUCCAUCGAAUCCGUUUGGUUUUGGGGCGCCAGCGGCACCAGAACCAGCAGCAGGGGCAGCAUCCAAUGAGACAGACAGGGGAACAGCAGCAGUGCCACUGCCAGGGGCGGGGACGUCAAGUGCAGUAGAAUCGUGUCCUAUGGAAGGAUGGGUGCUGUUUUCCCCAGCACGAGGUGAAGGUGUGGGCUUGGAUGCAGGCCCUGCACCCUCAGUAGCUGUAGCACCAGCGGUAGCUGUAGCAGCAACAGCAACAGCAGCUGUUGCAGAUGCCGCGGCUCCAGCCACUGCUGUAGCAAGAGGGUUGACAACAGCAGCAGCAGCAGCAGCAGCAGCAGCAGCAGCUGGAGAGAGUGAGGCUGUGAGAGAGCCAGCAGAAGUCACUGUGAGUGGUAGGGGCGGAGAGCAGGGCAGUGUGGGAGCAGAGCAGGGACGAGCACAAAGAGAGAGCCCCGUGCGUUUCCGCAGGGUGGCGAGUUCUGGUGCUGUGCAAAUGAGCACUGUUAGUGCAGGCAUGCCUUUGCCGACAGCAGUGCGCAUGGGCUCUCCGUUAAGAGUGAGGGGAAGAGACAGCUUAACAGGGUCUGGGGUGCUGCAUUCGAGCUCCAGCUUUAGCAACAGCUUUGGUGGUGGGAGUGCUGCUGGUGGUAGCGGUGUUGGUGUUGGUGGUGCUGGUAGUGGUGUUAUUGGUGGCAGCAGUGGCAGUGCUUCUGGCGGUGUCAGUGUGCAGGGUGGUGUGGGCAGCAGCAGCAACAGGGGGGAUGUGGUGUUGAGGAUGCACGAGCAGAGGCAGCAGCAGCGGCAGCGGCUCUUGCUGCUCCGGCUGCAGCGCAUGCUGUUGACCCGUAACGAGUCGCCUUCUAACGAGGAUGGAGAAGCAGGAGAAGGGGAAGAGAACCAGCAGCAGCAGCACCUGAGCCAGCAGCAGCACCAGCUGUACGAGCAGUUGCAGAGCCGAGGCGGGGGUAGGGACGAACAGGCACUGAUUGACGCAGCGAUCGAAAACGCUCUCUUUGGCUCCUCCGCCUCCUCCUCCUCCACAACUCUGCUUACCAGCAGUGCUGCUAGUGCGGCUGCUGGUGCGGCUGCUGCGUCAGGUGCCAGCGGAAACGAUUCUAUCACUGUUCCUCGCCCUCCUGUCCCUGUCAGGUUCCCAGCAUCGGCACGGGUGGUGGCAGCAUUGGCAACAUCAGGCACAGGCACAGGGGCAGGAGGUAGUACUGUAGCAGGCACUGUAACAGGAGCGGGUGUGCCACUGGUGGCCGUUUUAGGAGGCCCACCAAUCCAAGUAUCAUCCAGACGAACCCAGAGUCCUGCUCUCACUCACACACAGCCGUGGGGGGGUGGGGUAGCCAGCAGCAGAAGGCACAUGGGGGGAGAGAGACAGAGGGGAGGAGCAGAAGAGGAGGAAGAGGAGGGGCGCAGGGACAGGACUGGAGGGGGGGUGGGAGGGAGAAGAGGGGGGACGAGAGUAGGAGGGGGAGAAGCAGGGGUUGGUGAGGAGGGGAGGGGAGGGGAGGAGGUGGAGCCGUUGGAGGCGCUGUGCUGUGUGUGCAUGGAGAGGUAUCGGAAGGCAGCGUUUGUGCCGUGCGGGCACAUGCUGUGCCGCACAUGCGCUCAAGAGGUCAGGGACAGGCGGGGCAAGUGCCCGCUGUGCAACCGAAAAAUCAAAGACGUGCUCAAGCUGUACUGAUAAGAUUCAGAUGUUUACGGUACAUGGGAAUUGUUUUGAAUGUGAGGCUGCAAUCCCCUUAAAGCUUAUGGCUUAAAAAAUAACAAACCAUGUGCCAAUACAACAAAAUGGUAGUGAAAUU